AGUAACCACAAUCACUCGCUGUACAGUGAACCUGAAAAUAAUCGAACAUCUUCAACCUCAAACUCCACGAUAAGAGAAAUCCCUCACCUCUCUAUUCCAUACCACACAUACCUACUACACCACCUUUUUCUGAUUCCACCACUCUCUCUCUGUCUCGCUCUUCCAUUUACAUACUUUACAGAGGGAGACACACCCCAACCCCAGUCUCCACUCCACACGCACAGCACACACUGAGGAUGGCGUCCACAGCUGCAUCGCCGGCCUUCUGCGGCAUCCCAAAGGCCUCCACCUCAACCUCCGCCGCCAGGGCUUCCAUCCCCGCCACCCGUUUCCUCGCCAAGAACCCACUCCGAGGCCUGGGCUUCUCCGCCGCCGCCGCCGAACCCCUGCUCUCUCAUCACGUUGCCACUAAGCUGCGGUCAUUUGGGAGCUCUUCCGCCAAGCCCGUCAGAGGGGUUGCCUCCAUGGCGAAGAAGAGCGUUGGGGACCUCACCGCCGCUGACCUCAAGGGCAAAAAGGUCUUUGUCAGGGCUGACCUCAAUGUGCCUCUUGAUGAUAACCAGAACAUCACCGAUGAUACUAGGAUUAGAGCUGCUGUACCCACAAUCAAGCAUCUGAUCAGCAAUGGUGCCAAAGUCAUUCUUUCCACUCACUUGGGACGGCCAAAAGGUGUUACACCAAAAUACAGUCUUGCACCUCUGGUUCCCAGGCUAUCCGAACUGCUUGGUAUUCAGGUUGUGAAGGCCGAUGACUGCAUUGGUCCAGAGGUUGAAAAAUUGGUGGCUUCACUACCUGAAGGUGGUGUCCUCCUCCUCGAGAAUGUGAGGUUUUACAAAGAGGAAGAAAAGAAUGAGCCUGAGUUUGCAAAGAAGCUCGCCUCAUUGGCUGAUCUCUACGUGAAUGAUGCAUUUGGUACUGCCCACAGAGCACACGCCUCUACGGAGGGAGUUACAAAGUUCUUGAAGCCUUCUGUUGCUGGUUUCCUUCUACAAAAGGAGCUGGACUAUCUUGUUGGGGCAGUUUCAAGCCCAAAGAGACCAUUUGCUGCCAUUGUGGGUGGUUCAAAGGUCUCCUCCAAGAUUGGAGUAAUUGAAUCGCUUCUCGAAAAGUGUGAUAUAUUGCUAUUGGGAGGAGGAAUGAUAUUUACAUUUUACAAAGCACAAGGACUGUCGGUAGGAUCAUCGCUGGUAGAAGAAGACAAGCUAGAACUUGCGACUUCACUCCUUGAGAAGGCCAAGGCGAAGGGAGUGAGUCUCUUGCUACCCACUGAUGUGGUUAUAGCUGACAAGUUCGCUCCAGAUGCGAAUAGCAAGGUCGUGCCAGCAUCUGCCAUUCCAGAUGGCUGGAUGGGUUUGGAUAUUGGACCAGAUUCUGUAAAGACAUUCAGUGAUGCCCUGGAGACUACAAAAACUGUUAUUUGGAACGGACCAAUGGGAGUGUUUGAGUUUGACAAGUUUGCCGUUGGCACAGAGGCAAUUGCAAAUAAACUAGCUGAACUUAGUGGGAAGGGAGUCACCACAAUUAUUGGUGGUGGAGACUCCGUUGCAGCUGUUGAGAAAGUCGGAGUCGCUAGCGUGAUGAGCCACAUAUCUACGGGUGGCCUGGCGUUCUUGCCCUUGACGAAGCCACUCCAGUUGCCGUGUAAGCCAUCAAACGAGCAUUCUAAUUCGAUUCUUUUAACAUAAUAGAUGAUGAUGUUUCGUCCGGUUUGUAAACGAGAAAUGUACUUGAAUAUGAGUUUGUGCUAUAGAUAUUUCAGUUUGCCCUCCAACUUGUCUUAGUCAAAUCAAAAUAAGGAAUGAAGAAGUACUUGAGGAUGGACUGUAUUUCUACGUCUUCCGUUCUUGUUUCUGAUA